AAGAACAUAGUGGCCAUGCUGGUGUGGCUGGCCCUCAGCAUCAUUAACGGCAGCAUGGUGCACACCUUCCUCCGGCACAGUAUCUUCUAUGAGAACCCUCGGUACAUCAUGUUCAUCUCCAUGGUGAUCAACGACGCUCUGCAGCUCAGCCUCAUCACGGCUCUGUACGUGGUCAGCUACAUCUUCAGGAAGAUCCACGCCUCCGUCUGCUGCUUCCUGAUCAUGACAGCAGUCCUCACCACCCGCUCCACCCCUCUCCUCCUGGCUGGCAUGGCCCUGGAGCGCUACAUCUCCAUCUGCUUCCCUCUGCACUACAGCCAGAUGUGCACGGUCCCUCGCACCGUCCUCCUCAUCUGCAUCAUCCUCGUCCUCACCGCCACGCCGCCCGUCUCCGACUUCCUCAUCACCAUCGUCAACGAGCCUCUGAGUUUCUUCCACACCAGCAUUUUCUGUGAUCACCCGCUUCUCUUUCGACACCGAUCCAUCUACUACAAGAACUGUGUGUUUGACGGGGUGUACCUGUCCUUCGUGGCUCUGACGCUGCUCUACACCUACUGCAAGAUCAUGCUGACGGCGCGAGCCGCCUCCAUGGGCCUGGCCUCGGUGAAGAAAGCGAGGAACACUGUGCUGCUUCAUGGUGCACAGCUGCUGCUGUGCAUGCUUGCCUUUGUGGUUCCCUCCCUUCAGGCCGCUCUCAUCUCGCUCUUCCCUCGCUUCAGUCUGGAGAUUCGUUACAUCUUCUUCCUGGUCGUCUACAUCAUCCCUCGUUUCUUGAGCCCCGUGAUCUACGGUUUUCGGGACGAGCAGUUCAGGAAGUACUGGACUCGGUACCUGGCCUGUCGGAGCCAAACUAUCGUCAGGGUCAGACCGAUGUUACUGAAGUUCAACCUGUAG